AUAAGGAGAAACAAGGGAGGGUAUAUGAGUGUAAGGACUGGCCGCUAGGUGUCUCUGGGAUGUCAUGUGCACGAUCGAAGCUUGGCUCAACCUGUCACUGGGAUCCACACACCCUCAUAUUUUCCCUAUUCUCUCCGGGCUUGUGUAGAAGGCCGCCGCCGCUGCCAUGGCAUCAACAGAGUACUGGCUGAUCUCUGCGCCAGGGGACAAGACGUGCCAGCAGACAUGGGAGAAGAUGAACAACCUCACCUCGGCACAGAAUGGACUCUGCGUCAACCACAAGUUCCACCUCCCAGACCUGAAGGUGGGCACACUGGACCAGCUGGUGGGCCUGAGCGAUGACCUGGCCAAGUUGGACACCUACGUAGAGGGUGUGACUCGCAAGAUGGCCGGUUACCUGGGCGAGGUGCUGGAGGACCAGAGGGACAAGCUGGCUGAGAACCUCCUUGCUAACCAGAUGGACCUGGCCACCUACCUGACUCGAUUCCAGUGGGAGAUGGCCAAGUUCCCCAUCAAGCAGUCCCUCCGAGGCAUCGUGGACGCCAUCAACAACCAGGUCACCCAGAUUGAGAAUGACCUCAAGUCCAAAUCUGCCAACUACAACAACCUCAAGUCAAACCUCGCCAACAUGGAGAGGAAACAAACUGGCAGCCUGCUGACCCGCAACCUGGGUGACCUGGUGAAGAAGGAGGACUUUGUGCAGAACAGCGAGUACCUGGUGACAUUGCUAGUGGUGGUGCCCAAGGCCUUCUACACCGACUGGCAGGCCAAGUAUGAACAUCUGUCUGAUAUGGUGGUACCCCGGUCCUCCCGCUUGAUCUUCGAGGACAGUGACCAUGGCCUCUACACCGUCACUCUCUUCUCCAAGGUGGUUGACGAGUAUAAACUCCACGCUCGGGAGAACAAGUUCAUUGUGCGAGAAUUUACUUACAAUGAGGAGGAGCUGACAGCAGGCAAGAACGAACUCUCCAAGCUGAUCAACGACAAGAAGCGUUAUUUUGGUCCCCUCGUGCGUUGGCUCAAAGUGAACUUCAGCGAGUGUUUCAUCUGCUGGAUCCACGUCAAGGCCAUCAGAGUGUUUGUGGAGUCUGUGCUCAGGUACGGCCUGCCAGUGAAUUUCCAGGCCAUCCUGAUCCACCCCAACAAGAAGAGCAUCAAGAGGCUGCGGGACAUCCUCAACCAGCUGUACAGCCACCUCGACUCCUCUGCCACAGGUGGCGUUGGCGAGACUGUUGAUAUUCCUGGCCUGGGCUUCAACACCAGCGAGUACUACCCUUAUGUCUACUUCAAGAUCAACACUGACAUGAUUGGGGAGCACCGGCCAUAAGCUUGCUAUUUAUACACAGCCGUAGGAGUGCCAGGUGGGUUUGUAGUGUUGGAACCCACUGACAGGGAGUUAAUUUAGACUUGUUAUAGUAAGCAUUCAGUUUUACCCCAAGAAUGUUGUUGAUAUAGAAUUUUUUUGAGCCUUUGUGCCUAAAGUGAAAAUUUUAAUGAAGUGAUAAGAUUUGGUCUAUGAUGUUAAGUUUCCUGCACAAAAAUGAUGACUUAAGUUGCAAUACAAUACAUACAUACAUACUCCCGAUAUUAUGUACAGCUGUAAAGAAGAGUGUAAUUUCCAGGGCCAAAUAUUUAUGUAGAAAGAAAGUGUGAAUCGAGUGUUACUACUUGUUGUUAUUAUGUGUUGUGGCAGUAACGGUUAUCUAUCAUGUGACCCAACCGUGUCUUGAGUGUUAAAGAGAAGUUAAGUAUACAUUCCAGAUAACACUCAUACUUCUCUCUCUGUCUGUCUCUCCCUGUCUCUGUCUCUCCCUGUCUCUCUCCUCAGACUCAUCGGGCUAUCCCAUAGUAGAGUUUUAGAUAGAACAAGGUCAUGUGGGGUCAUUCAUCUUGUGGUUGUGUACAGGACUUCCUUUCCUUGCUUGUGUAUAAAGACAAAAGGCUGCUACCUAUUCUUUUAUUUCCAAGUCUUUUUGGUGAGUCUAUUCAUUGUCAUUACUUGCACCGGUGGAAAUGCUACAUGCACUGGACAACACACAUAACAUUCCACUAAGGUUACCAUUGACAUCCAAACAUUCACCUGCAUCAGUCUUUGUAGUUCUAGCCUUCAGGAGACCCAAGCAAGAUAUAUUUGGGGCUGCCUGUUGUAGAACCCUCAUCUGUUCCUUUCCUAAGGGUUGUAUGACUCGUAAGAGUAUCGUGAUAUUGUUUAUUGGUAUACUGGUAGCAUUUACAUAUAGCUCUGAAGAUAGACUGGUUAUCAAGGCUUUUAUGUAAGGUGAGACUCUGGCCUAGGACAACACAGAGGCUCUGAAAAAAAGGUUCACUGAAGAUGCCAGUUCCCAGAAGAGUGAAGUCAAAAGGGCCAUCCAGAUUUUGAAAAUAAACAUCUUGAAACCUCCUUCUGGAAACAGUUCAAGUCAAAGAUAGGAAGAAAUACAGAAGUCUGCUGUUUUAGAUAUACCAAUGAGACAAUAAAACCAUCAGAAGCUCUGUAUUGCUCCUGUGUCUGUAAGUGUUGUGUGGAGGUUCACCUUGGCACAGGCGGCACAGAAACAUGAGAACACAAGGGAAGCUGCAGGAAGCCAUCAGGCCGACAUGUGGCAGUCUUUGUAUGAAGCAUGGCGGAGCAGAAGGGAGUGAGGGAAGAGACUCCAAAAAAAAUGUGGUUUCUGAUCGUGCAUUUGAUAUUGUAUAUUUUUAUCUAAAUUAAAUAUCUUGAGUUGCAGAUAGAUAGAUAGAUAGAUUAUAUAUUACAAAGUUUAUGGGUUAUAUAUAUACAGUAUAUUGUCCUUGGUGUACAGAGAAGCAUGUACUGUUAUGUUGUACUUAUACAUGUGAAUAUACAUGGUGUAAAUGAA